AUGUUGUUUGCUCUCCUGCGAUUCGUCACAGCUUCUCAUCGCAUGAGACUUGCUGUUCUUCAUAUUUGUAAAUGAGAUGCCUCCAAUCCUGUGAUGAAAAUAACAAAAUCGAUUUUGCACCUCAUUAACUUAAUACUGAAAGGAGCCAAUGCGCAAAAAGUUCGUGAGCAAGCAGAACUCGUCGCCAAACUAUACGACGAAUCGUUGGAGAAAAAUCCAGUGACAUAUCGUUUUCUGUUGAAAAAUGCAAGUGCUGACGACUAUCUCCGAUUUGAUCCUUUAUCAGGCACAAACAGUCGUUUUAGCAACGAGCCUCUCUUUCGACUGCUCAAAGCAAUCGAGGUGUGCCGUGAUGAAUUCACUACGUUGCUGCUGUGUCGAAUUUUGAUGGGAUUUGUUACGCAAUGCGGCUCUUCGGCAUCAGAAGUGGUACGCCAAAAACUUAUCAUACGUAUGGACGGAACAAAUUCGCUCAUUCGAUGUUUCCUGUCGUAUUUUCGUUUAGCAGCAGUAGAGGGCAGUGUCGUGGAUAUACUGACUUCCCUGUUAAUUAUGCUUGCUCAGCAAGCUCGAAAUGCUCGAAUGUUCGGCAAAAGUGAGAAAUUUGUCACCGGAAUAUUAGCAGCGAUUGUAGAUGGAGCGAUGGAUGCUUCAGUGGUAGCACGCCUCAUGGAAAUGCUCUUCUUCAUUAUCAAAUUUAGAAAUCGUGCCAUCAUGUCGUUGCUGGAGUCACAAAGCAUUUUCUCAGUGCUGUUGCGUGUCUUCGAUGAGCAUUUUCAGCAACGAUUCGUUGCACCUGCACAUCUUGAAAUUUGUGCGUUUGCAGUAACAUCACUGAGCAACCUCGCCAGACUGCGGUGCCAUCGUGAACAUCUGGUAUCGGCUGAUGCGCAAAAAGUAUUUCAGUCAGCGAUGUUAAUCAUCUGCAAAGACGUGGAGUCAGUUGAAAAUUUAUCACCAUUAACUACAUCAUUCGCAGUGGAAUUCCAGGUAAAGGUCGUUUCUGGUUUACUGUCUUUCUGA